GUGACGGAAAGGCGCUCAGCAUGGAGGGCUCGGGCACGGUGACACUGCCAACCAGUAAACCCAUGGUGUGUGUGGAGUACCCGGGUCUGGUGCAGGAUGUGAGCAGUAUGCUGCGGACUCUGGGUGGCGAGGCGGCUGUUUCACGGGUUUAUGCUGACCCCACUAAGAGACUGGAGCUCUAUUUUAGACCUAAGGACCCCUAUUGUCACCCACUUUGUGCCAACCGCUUCCCCACUACAACCAUGCUUCUUCGCGUUAAAAAGAAGACUAGACGGAGAAGGACAGAGGAUGACAGUGGCUCAGCACAGGAGGGCAAAAUAGAAAUGGAAAUUAUUGGUGUUGUUGGCACAGUCUAUAAAUUCCAAGGGAUGUCUGAUUUUCAGUACCUGGCAUUUCACUGUGACGCUGAUGGCAGCCGGACAUCAUUAUAUGACAAAGUUCUACUCAAGAAGCCAGAGACACAAGACUUCUUUCACCAGGAGAUCCCUCUGUACAUCCCUCCACCCAUCUUCUCCCGCCUUGAUACCAGCGGGGAUUACUAUUACCGCCCGAAUGUGAGCCACAGGGAAGGAUACCACCCUCCUCAGUUUUCUAGCGAGAAUCUAAUCGGCAUGAGCAGAGCGCGCAGACCUAACAACGCCAUUUUUAUCAACUUUGAAGAUGGAGAGGUGCCAACAGAGCCAAACCCAGCUGCAGCUACGAACUGGAAGAAACAGUGCACUAACCCUACAGACAUGCAGGCCGAGCAUGAGAUGAAACGGCUGUUUGAGAUUCGUCCCAUUUGGUCUAAGAACGCGAUAAAGGCCAACAUUAGUGUUCACCCGGACAAGCUGAAGCAGCUGCUGCCAUACGUGGCCUAUUAUAUGCUGACCGGCCCCUGGAGGAGCCUCUGGGUGAGAUUUGGUUAUGACCCCAGGAAAAACCCAGAAUCCAAAAUCUACCAAGUAUUGGACUUCCGAAUCCGAUGUGGUGUAAAAUAUGGCUACACCCCAGACAUGCCUGUGAAGGCGAAGCGUAGCACUUACAACUACAGCCUGCCCAUCACGCUGAAGAAACCAACCCCGCAGAUUGUCAGCAUGCAGAACAUCGCACAAGGACUUGGUCCAUCAAGCUCACCAGGAGUAAAGAAAGCGUCUAACAAAUACAAACUGAAGGAGUCCAAUUACAUUUUCAGAGAUGGGUCAUUACCUCCAUAUCGCCAGAUGUUUUACCAACUCUGUGAUUUGCACGUAGACAGCCUACAGGCCGUCAUUAAGAGGAAUGAAGGCGAGGAGACACAGUGUACUGAGCGAGAUGGCUGGUGCCUUCCGAAGACCAGCGAACAACUGAGAGAUGCCAUGUCCCUCAUGAUCAAACAAAUUAUACGUUCCAACAGGCCAGCCCUGUUCACUGGCCCUUCCACCUCCACAGAUGGCAAAGAUCAACUGACGUAUGAAUCUGGCGAGGAAGAGGAUGACGAGGAGGAAGAGCUGGAAUUUCACCCCUCUGAGGGCAGUGAAAAUGAGAUGGAAACUGAGCUAUUGGACUAUGUGUAACUUAUGAGCACUGAUGUCUGAGACGUCGUCUAAUUUCAUACGGUUUCCUAAAAGACUUGUUCUUAUUCUCUCUGGGUAUUGGCAUUGGACUUUAGCUGUGCUAGAGCUAUGCGGGGCUGGUACACAUGUAGCGGCGACUCUUGUAAUGUUAUUAGUACUAAACAAACCUCAGUGCUAUUGUAUUGCUCCAACACUGGCUGAGUUAUCCAGACUUAUAUCUCUGUCUUAAGUCACAGUGAUGGAACAUUUUAAAUCUUACUUUUAUUUAACUCUAAGGCUAGACACUCCAGCUAUUACCACAAUUUGCUGCUCUGUACUGACAACGUGAUGCAUUACCGGGUCAGCAUGGGUACGACUGAGAACAGUUUGUUUUGCCAAUGAAUGUAAUUCAUCUCUUCCCCUUACAAAAAGUACCCAUCCCAGCUCUACCCAGUUGUUUAUACUGCAAAUAAGAUAUCAGUAUUGUCGGAGAGUUCUAUAAAAGAUGCCUGUGGUUUCUAUUCCAGCUUUCACAUCUGUUGUAUCCCAGGAAAACUUGGUGAAAAAUGAGCAGGUGUGCAAAAUACGGAGCCCCUUAUGUAUGCUCAAGAAUGAGACCGUCCAACACACAACCAUUAACCUUGAGUCUAUAUUAUUGUAAAAAAAAAAUUAUUUAAAUAUAUUAAAAUAUUUUUGCUACAACA